CAGAUCUUGUAAAUAAUGAGUCAGCUGUCUCAGAUACAAUGCUGCCUGAAGCGCCAUUUAGCGGUGCGAGCGUAUUAUUACCUCAGAGUUUUACUUCCGGGUCGGUGCCGUUGGCUUCGUCUCGGCUUUAGUAACGGGUCGGGAAUGGACAACAUGUUACAAUUCAUGAAAAUUGUAGGACAGCUAAAGCGCGUGCCGAGAACAGGAUGGGUGUACAGAAAUGUCAAAAAGCCUGAAAGUGUGUCCGAUCAUAUGUACAGGAUGUCAAUGAUGGCCUUAACCAUAAAAGAUGUCACUGUCAGUAGAGAAAGAUGCGUGAAGAUGGCUUUAGUACAUGACUUGGCGGAGAGUAUUGUGGGAGAUAUUGCUCCAGCAGAUAAUGUUAGCAAAGAAGAAAAACACAGAAGGGAAAAGGAAGCUAUGGUGCACAUCACAGGACUAUUAGAAGAUGGUCUGCGUAAUGAGAUUUACAACUUAUGGGAGGAGUAUGAAAAUCAGUCUACUCCAGAGGCUAAACUGGUUAAGGAGUUAGACCAACUGGAAAUGAUCAUUCAAGCUCAUGAAUAUGAAGAGUUAGAGGGAAAACCUGGAAGACUACAGGAGUUCUUCACCUCUACUGAAGGUAAUUUUCGUCAUCCAGAGGUAUUGGGUCUGAUAAAGAGUCUAAAUGAGGAGAGAGCUCGCCAUAUAGCUGAAAAAAGAGAUAGUGAUCCAGAAAAGAGCAUACCUUCCUCGUGACCUCACUUCCUGUCAAGUACUGACACUACCUCUACACAUCGACGCACAAGAGUUUACUUUGUCGAGAUAUGCUGUAUUGUUUUAUUGUCUUUAAAUAUAUUCUCAUUUCAAUGUA